GAUACCAUGUCAGAAUUUUAGAGGCCUAUACUCAACCACAAAAGCUAGCUUGAGAGUUGAGGUUUGCACUACACUUAUAAAGGUUAUCUUUGCCAUAUCUCUAGUCAAUGUGGGACUUCUAACAGUCCUUAAUGUCAAAAAUGGAAGAUAAUGGUUGCACCCCUGACGGCAUAACUUACACAACUCUUAUUGAUGCUUUGUUCAAAAAUGGAAAGAAUGAGAAGGCGAUGAAACUUUAUCGUGAAAUGAUUGCUAGAGGUCUUUUAUAAGAGUCGAACUAGGUGAGAUGCUUGCAAGCUACAAUUUGUUAUUUUGAAUUAGAAAACGACCAUCUAAUUUUUAUUUCUUUUCAUAUUUAUAAAAGAUGGUUGGUGCAAUUGACUCACUAUUACAUUUUUUUUCAAUUUUAAUUAAAAGUUAUACUUUGGUAAUUUCAUUAUGAUAUUUGUUACGGCAAUUGUGUUUCACUUUUUUCAUUCUUUAAUAACUAUCCUUUACUUCCUAAUUUUUUAUGAAUUUGCAUCAUAUUUUUCUAGGAUUUUUUUCACUCACUGUCAUUGUUAGUGUUCAAUUUAUAUUUUUCAAUGAUUUAUAUUUAUGAAUCUGCAUCAUAAAGGGUAUGCCCAAGCUUGCAUUGCCAUACCUUCCAUAUGUUGAGAUUAUUUAUGCUAGUGGGGAAACUGUUGAUGAUGGUGCAUCUUUCCUGCCGGAAAUUGCCGCCAGUAUGUAUAAUCUCAAGAUACUUUCCAUCAAAUUUUUUCAUGAACUCAAGUAGCUUAAAAUCCUGGCUCCAACGUCCAACAAACCUGACUUGUCUUGAGAGAAUUGAAAUUGCUAUUUGUCCCGAUCUCAUUUUACCAGCUACUAUGAACAUGCUAACUUCCCUUUGUCAAGUGAGAAUCUAUGACGAAGAUAAAAAUGGAACGUUACCAAAUUUCUUAGAAGGUAUUCCCUCGCUGCAAAAUUUAUAUUUGUCAAGUUUUCCUUCUCUUGUAACCUUGCCAGGCUGGUUGGAGACCAUGACUUCUCUUCAAACAUUAGAAAUCAAUUGGCGUCCAAAAUUAACCGCAUUACCAGCUAGCUUUAAAGAACUCAUAACCUUGCAUCAAUUACGUAUUUAUGACUGUCCUAUGUUGGUGAACCAAUGCAAGAAAGAAACAGGGCAAAAAUGGCAUAAGAUAGAUCAUGUUCCAAAAUUUAAAUUGGAACUUGUUGAACUUGAACCGUCAUUUUAUGAGAAAACGAUGUCAUUAUGGAAGAAGUCGAAGCAAUUUCUGCGUCGCCAUCAGGACUAUUACCAUUCAGAGGAUGAAUCGGACAAUAUAAUUGAUGAUGACCUAGAUUUGAACUGAUGAGGAUUAUCCAUCUUAGUGGUUGGGAAAAAUUCUCAAGCUAGGUUAUCAGCCUGAUACAAUAACAAUGACUACACUUAUGAAAGGCAUGUGUCUUCAGUUGGAACCUUGAUCAACAGCUAGGUUAAAGAAGCAUUGGAUUUUCAUGACGAUGUUAUA